AGCUUUAAUUCAAAGCCAUUCAAACAUUAUGUUUGAAUGCCAUUUGCUUUGAAACUGUGUACUGUAAAAUGAAAGAGGUGAAAUACACUCAAGUUUUGUGUUGUAUUUUCUUAAAAGCUUUCUCCUCCUGCUCAUUAUUGCGCUAUAUGUUUUUUUCGCAACUCAAUUACGAUCAUCUGAGUAUUGAUAAUUUCAAUAGUUUCACGCCGGAGUUUGGUUCAAAAUCUGGAAGAAGAUCAUCAGUUCUUCUCAGAAGCAACAGAGAAAAUGUUUCCCCUAAUCUUGAAAAUGUCAUCCCAGGUACCAGUUCCCAAAAAGGAGUAUUGGGUUGUCAAAACACAAACAAGGGAAAGAGAAACAAGGAAAAUCUUACUCCAGAUCCAGGAGCUAAUCACAUUUCAAAUACAGCAGAAACCACCAACCAUUCAUCACAGAGGCAGCCACUGUCUCAUAUAUCCAAUACCUUCCUCCACACUCCUAAAUCCACCAUCACAAAGAAGAGACAAAGUUCUGGUACCCAAUCAGACAUUACUGUUGACAAACACACUCCUAAAACAACCAGCGCAAAGACACGAAUAUUUUCUAGUACACAAUCAGACAUUACGAGAGAUGAGUAUACACCUCCGAUUGGAUCAGAAUCUGUUUCUAUAAAGCAGCUCAGAGGGAAGAAAUCACGGAGCAGGAUUUCUGGUGACAAUGUAGAUGGUACUAGCACACAAUUGUUUCAUCCCACUGUUAUUAACCAAGAUGAUACAAUAGAUCACUCACAGAUUGGUACUAUACUUGAAGAUGCUGAAGAAUUGUUUGACGAUGGGGGUGAGCUUCCUUCAAUCAUUACAAGCAUACUUUUGAAAAUAUCUGCACGUUUAAAAUUGUUUUUGCAAAAAUAUUAUAUCUUUUUAAAUAUUUUGCAAAAAUACCAUACUUUUGAAAAUAUUUGUAAAAAUACUAUAUGCAACUCGUUACAACCACAUGCAACUAUACUUGCAACCCGAUGCAACUCCUGCGGGGCCCAUUAACAAAAGUUGCAUCUAGUUGUAGACCGUAUUUUUGCAAAUAUUUUUUAAGAAAUUAGUAUUUUUGCAAAAAAUUUCAAAAGACAGUAAAAUCGCAAGGAAAAUUUAAAAAAAUGGUAUUUCUUAUGAUCAAUGCUUGUUAUCUAAAUUUUAGUAUAGCAUUGAUUAUAUCUAUCUAAUUAUUUAUGAAGACUGAUCUCGGUGAAUUCCAAAUUAAAAUAAUAUAUUUUAUUUAUAAUAAAUUAAAACUAAAAUACUAAUAACACAUUACAACACAAUAUAUCCGCUCAUCAAAACUAAUGCUAUUAGAAUAUAAUAUCUCACAAAUAUAACAAAUUUAUAUUAUUUUAAACAACACCUGCACAUACACAA